UCAACACCACUCAAUUUCAUCUCUCUUUUCCCCUUCCCUUGUUUAGUAUAAAAACCAACAAACCCUUAAUCAUUUUUCAUCAUCAUCUUAAUCCACAUGCAUACACAUAUACAUAUAUAGUCUCUUUUAUCUGUAUGGCAAUUGUAUCUUCCACACCAAGCAUCAUCACCAUGAGUAACCAAGUCAACAACAACAAUGAAAAAGGUUUAGAAGAAGAUGACCAUAGAGGCGGCCACGAGAGUCGUGUUCAUAAUGAUGAUGAACCUGAUGAUCAUGAUCAUGACAUGGUCAUGCCUGGAUUCCGAUUCCAUCCCACCGAAGAAGAACUCAUAGAGUUUUAUCUUCGCCGUAAAGUCGAAGGCAAACGCUUCAAUGUAGAACUCAUCACUUUCCUCGAUCUUUAUCGCUAUGAUCCUUGGGAACUUCCGGCGAUGGCCGCAAUAGGAGAGAAAGAAUGGUACUUCUAUGUGCCAAGGGAUCGAAAGUAUAGAAAUGGAGAUAGACCGAACCGAGUAACGACUUCAGGGUACUGGAAAGCCACCGGAGCUGAUCGGAUGAUCAGAUCGGAGACUUCUCGGCCGAUCGGAUUAAAGAAAACCCUAGUUUUCUACUCCGGUAAAGCCCCUAAAGGCACUCGUACCAGCUGGAUCAUGAACGAGUAUCGUCUCCCUCACCAUGAAACCGAGAAAUACCAAAAGGCUGAAAUAUCAUUGUGCCGAGUGUACAAGAGACCAGGAGUAGAAGAUCAUCCAUCUUUACCACGUUCUCUCUCAACAAGACAUCAUCAUCAUAACCAUAACUCAUCAUCAUCAUCAUCCCGCUUGGCCUUAAGACAACAACAACACCAUUCAUCCUCCUCUAAUCAUUCCGACAACAACCUUAACAAGAACAACAACAAUCUCGAUAAGCUCUCCGCCGAAUAUUCCGGAGAAGGAAGCACCACAACCACCACAAACAGUAAUUCUGACGUCACCAUAGCUUUAGCCAAUCAGAACAUAUACCGUCCAAUGCCUUAUGGUGCAAGCAACACACCGAUAAUCUCUACUAUUAAUCAAGACGAUGAUGAAACCGCCAUUGUCGAUGAUCUUCAAAGACUCGUUAACUACCAAAUUUCCGAUGGAGGUAACAUCAAUCACCAGUACUAUCAAAUCGCUCAACAGUUUCAUAAUCAACAACAACAACUAAACGCUAACGCAAACGCGUUGCAAUUGGUUGCGGCGGCGACUACAGCAGCGCUAACACCUCAGACGCAAGCGGCGUUAGCGAUGAACAUGAUCCCUGCAGGGACGAUUCCAAACAAUGCUUUGUGGGAUAUGUGGACUCCACUAGUACCUGAUGGAAACAAAGAUCAUUAUACUAAUAUUCCUUUUAAGUAA